GGGAGCGCACAUCGGCUGCGUCCCUAACCUCCAUUUCGUCACAGGAGAGCAUCAGCGGGCUUCAACCUAACCUCGUCGGAAACACCGAGAAGUACAGCGAUCCGUAUUGUAUAUGCAGAUUUGUUGGGCGGCGCGGCCAGCUCGAUCGACUCUACUGCGACAAUGCAACCAAUUUUGUUGGUUCCUCACGGCUGCUUCAGGAGAUGGCCUCCGAUGUCCGCAGCACACUGGGAACGUACGGCGUCCAUCACCAGGUUGAGUUCGUCUUCAUUCCGCCCCGGUCGCCUCAUUUCGGGGGCCUAUGGGAGGCCGCCGUCAAGUCCGCCAAACACCUCUUUUUGAGGGCCGUCGGAAACGCCUUGCUGAAGGAGGACGAAGUCCAGACGAUCCUGGUUGAAGUGGAAGCAGUGCUUAACUCGCGUCCGCUAGUAGCUGACAGCAGCAACCCUAACGACGGAGAGGCUAUUACUCCAGCCCACUUUCUGGUAGGCACCACGCUCGCUGCUCUACCCCCAGGAUCGGCACCUCCUCAUCCGGACGACGACCUAACUCAUCUACAACGCUGGCAGCUUAUAUCAGCCAUCAAGCGACGGUUUUGGCGAGACUGGUCCCGUGACUACAUAGCUGGGCUGCAGCAAAGAGUUAAGUGGACAACGGAAUCGGCCAACCUUCUACCAGGAACCAUCGUCGUCAUCAAAGAGGACAAUUUACCGCCCCAGAAGUGGCUGCUCGGCAGAGUCACCGAAGUAACGCACGGAACGGAUGGCAAGGUGCGCGUUGCUCUAGUAAAAACCAAGCAAGGCGUAUACAAACGCUCAGUACAUCAUCUGGCACCUCUUCCCAUUAAUUGAAGGCCUACAGCGCUUCAACGCGGGCGAUGUUUGGUCAUCUCACUGUUUGUUUUGUUUUCUAUGGUCGUUGCGAUGCCGACUAUCGAAAGCUGCGAGCAGGGGCGUAGCACAGCUGAUAAUCGCUAAUAAAUUACCCCCUACAAGUCGGCAAGCAACGAUCAUACAACAAAAUACUAGAUUAAAAAACUACUAGAUUACCAUAAAAUACUAACUCUAGAUACCAAUGUAAUAGGGAAGAUCUGAAACGAGCGAGUUGGUAACAUUGUUGAAUAGAAAAAGCUCUUGAAAUAAACGCACAAUUUACAUAGAUGA